CAACAAGUAAUGGUGGCGCUUCCUCAUCUAUAUCCAUGGUUAUUUACGCGUGGUGGAUGCAGAUGAUUAAUGUCAAAUGACAGUUUCUAAAUAAAAACGUGAUCUUUGAUGUUCUCGUCAGAGCAUCCGCAACUAAGCGAACCAGCGGCGAAGAUGGUUUUCAACAACCACGUUUACUCCUGUUUUCGGCACCAUAUCACCGCGGCAAUGUCCAACGUAACAAUAGCCACGCUCCCCCGCAUCACACGCGAAAAUCUUGCUGGCAUGAUUCUCGCAAACCCUCUCAGCCCUCAAUCAGAGUCAAAGAUAGCAGUUAUUGACGUCAGAGACUCCGACCACGUUGGUGGCCAUAUCCGAGGCUCAAUACACGCACCAACCCCAACACUUGACUGGAGGAUGCCUGAGUUGGUUCGCCAGCUAAGAGACAAAGAAAAGGUAGUUUUUCACUGUGCGUUGAGCCAACAGAGAGGUCCUAGUGCAGCGCUGAGAUACCUGAGGGAGAUGGAAAGAAUGUAUCCUGCUACUGCAGAAGUGGCUGCGGAGGAUGAGGUGAAAGAUGCCCAAGAAGCUGUAGCGACAAGACCAAGGAAACAAAAGGUUUAUGUAUUGGAUGGUGGAUUUGUGCAGUGGCAAGAGAAGUAUGGGAAAGAUGAAAAGCUGACAGACGGAUAUGUGGAAGAGAUAUGGAAGUACGGAUACUGAGUAGGCACAGCUGCGGCAUAGGGUACAAGAGUAUGGCAUAUGUCACGGCUUCCGUUUAGAAUACUGUUAGUGAGGCUACGGUUAAGCACAAAUAACCGCAGGCCCAUCUAUCCCAUGAAUUACGCCUCGGAAGCAUGUGUUGGGGGGCGGAUUAUCCUUGUGAGUUUUGCCUCUGAUGUAUACGAACGAUAUUUCGCAAGGCUCUGAAGUGGAAAUCCCAUUUCAAGCAGCACAGCAAGGAUGGCGGCCUCAGAUACCAAUCUGAUCACAGCGAGCUAUCAGAAGAAUAAAUUCAUUCUCGCAAUCUCAUUGGUAUUGAUAGCUUGACAAGUCCAAACACCUGUGGAUGGCAGAACUCGUCAACUCAGCGGAGGUGGCUUUGGAAGCACUGUAUCAACAGGGACGGUCUGACUCUUGUACUCAAUCUUUUCAGCCGAUCUCAAAAUUAAAAGUUGCAGGGAUUUAGUUGGUAGAAAAAUUCACGGUUGCAAGAUAGUGAAACGUAUGAU